CGUUAUUUAUCGUGAGGGUGUAGUGCAGGCAAAAAAUGAGGCUUGUACGGGAGACCCCGGGCAUCCGUUUAAUAGGGGUGGUCCGAAAUGCUUGUCAUGUGAUGCUUGAAAAGAGAAGCAGAGAAGCUGCUUUGUGAGCCAUCAGCACUGCCGCAGCCACGACAGACAACAUAUCCAUUUUGCAAUGACAAAUCGAAUACGCAAUUCGCGAAGAGAAAAUGCUGUCACGCGGCGAACAGCUGGUGGUUUGACGCGUCGUGAGAAGUUGUGUACAGAGGCACGGGGAUCAUAAUUUCCACGAGAAGGAAAGAAUAAACAAAUAAACACGUUUAGAAACGAGAAUGAAGCGAAAUACUGCAAAAAUGUAUCCGACGCACUUCAUAAUAUUCAGCCAUAAAUUGGAAGCGACAAAUUUCAUUGUAAUGUCAAACGUUCGCAAAAGAAAAACGCAGGGGCACCAGUGCGAAUUUAUAAAAUAAUAGCUGAAAUGGUGCCAAUGGAGGUUGCUACAUGUCGGCAACUUUCUGGACACCGUUGUUUGGCGUGCAGAUCACCCAGUGCACCAUAAUGCUGGCCUGAAAGGAUCAGUUAGUAAUGUGUCUGUUUUCAGACCUCAAGGUUGCGAGUUCGACCCAGCCAAGGACGUUAACAACGUUGUGGCACGGGACAAGCUGCUCAGGAAUGUUGCCCUCCGUGAAAGUUGUGCUGCCGAGAUUUCGCUGCACAGAACCCUCAGUAAUGAGGUGACAACAGCUGCACACCAUGGAUUUACUGGUGCUAAAGGUGCUGACACUGGUACUGUUUCUUAUGGUCACCAUCACCAUGGUGUCGUUACCCAUGCUGAUCUGGGACAAAAUUCGGGGUGUGCGGGACCCCAGGAAGCGGCAGAAGUACGAGGCAGCCAUCAGUUACGUGAGCUGCUUGGGAGGUGGGGUCUUCCUGUCCACCAUCUUUCUGCACCUGUUGCCAGAGUCCCGUUUGCAGCUCAACAAAGGGCUGGAAAUGCAUCACAUCAAGACCACAUUCCCUGUGCUCGAGCUCAUCUGUAUUAUAGGCUUCCUUCUAGUGCUCACUUUAGAACAGCUGGCUCUAACGUGGAAAGAACACGAUGACGCUCUCAGAUUGGCUGCUCUGGCAGCAGGGAAUCCGACCACACACCUUAAUGGGCAGCCUCUAGCCUCUCACUAUGGCACCCUCCCCAACGGCCCCUUCCACGUCCACGGAGAUUUUCCGCCGGGCUCCCUCUCGAGACCCGAGAACUUCCCACAGGAUGACGAAGAAGAAGAAGAAGAUCCAGAUUACCACUCCGUUCACGAGGACCCCAGUUCCCACUCGGCCCUGCGUACUUUUAUCUUGGUCCUCUCACUUUCUGUGCACUCUGUGUUUGAGGGCAUGGCCAUAGGAGUGCAACAAGACCUGCAGUCUACAGUUCAACUGCUGGCAGCAGUGGCAAUCCACAAGUGCAUCCUGGCAUUUACCCUUGGUCUAAACCUCCGUCCCAGUCGCCUGAAGAGGUGUGCUGUGGUUGCCUGUAGUGUCCUAUUUUCUGCCAUGGCACCUAUUGGCAUAGCUAUUGGUAUCGUCAUCAUCGAGGAAGGGGGACAGGGAGCCAUUCUCGCCACUGGUGUUUUACAGGGAAUUUCCUGUGGAACCUUCCUCUACGUAACGUUCUUUGAGGUCCUCCCACACGAGAUGAAUGUAGCAGACAAUCGACUGGGAAAGCUGAUUUCCCUGGUGAUAGGGGUUAGCAUCAUAGCUGGCCUCCUAGUUGCCUUUCCGUCCAAGUAGAACUCUUCGUCAUUGAGCUCAGGAGGAAAGUUGAACAAAGGGACUCACGGAUGGAUGCUUCCUUACUUAAAUUGAACAGCAUAAUACGUAAAUAGCAUUACACCAUUUUUCAAUAAAAUUAUGCACCAACAAAACAAACACGCACAGGGGAGUCUUGUCGGGUAACAAUAAAAGUGCAUUUUUGAGCACAGUA